UACUGAAACAGCAACAAGAAGCGAGGUAAAGAUUUCAAUCGGUUCAUGCAAGCUCGUGCCAAAGAUAUUGGAUAUUAGGCUCGAUUUUCAACUUCUGCGUUACUUUAGCAAUGAAGUAUGAUGUCCUCGUUGAUUUCUACUUAGUUGCUGUUAAAGCACAAAUGUGUGAACUACAGUUGGUAGGACUUAACGAAGAUGAUACACAGUAUGGAGUACGUUAACCUUGUAAACUUAUAAAAUGUUUUGGGACUAACGUGUGUAAAGAUGCGGAUAUUAAACUUGUUCCAUGGAUCAGCUAACUAACAAAACGUGCUAUCUACGGUACUUUAAAUUUGCAAUAGUCAUUCUCCACACCCCGGCUUCCACAAAGUUCAUUUGGUUGCGUGGCCAACGUGAUGUGAUUGUAAUGAAAUUUCGAAAUCAUUAUUUGAACUCUUUGUUCCGGUGUUCUAUUUCAUCGUCUUGCUGCGUUGUUAAACAGUGGAAAUUAGUUAACUUGCAUGCACAAGAACAUUUGAAGUUGUUUGCUAAUCUGCAUCAAUUCCGUUCUCCCGAUAUUUUGUAAAUUACGGAUACCCGACCGGGUCUGCCUAGUAUGCAAUAGAAGCACCAAAUAAAUAGUGCUGGUGUUACGUGCAUCAUUUUAGGCGAGGACUGAGAUUUGGUCAAUCUUUUUGUAAAACUGUUCUAAUUAUGCAUUAGGCAUGCCAAGUUAACAUCCUCACUGAUAGAUCUCUUCAUUUUUGUAUUGUGAUAUAAAUUUGCAAUUCUGGGUUGAUAUGAGUAAGUAUUAGUAACAUAAAACCUAUCUCGGUAUUUUAUUCAUAUGGUAGUGUUCUUUUUUGUUUAUCAGGUCGUAAUGCGAGCUGUUGAGUCUGUUAGACGUGAAGUAGGCUCAGUCACGUUUCGUCUACUUAAUGCUGCUCUACCUAUAAACGCUCGCCACAAACGUCUUUUUCGAACCAAGUAUAUUGAAGACGUGGACUUACGAAAUAUUGAAAACUGCCUACUAUCAGCUGCAAACAAAGUAAUUAAUUUCAAUUCAAGCCAGUCCCAUGUCGAAUGUGAUCUAAGACCUGCUAAAUCAAGCGCUUCUGAAUUUCUAGAUACACAUGGUCGUGUUCAGGCACUCGUUGCCCAUACUAUUGAAUCGUGUUUAGAUAGCUUGUCUUCAAACCACAUUAAAGAUGGAAAACUGAAACUCGACAAACAAACAUCAAAGAAUUCAACGGAACAGGACGAUGUUCAAUCAAGUUAUGAUAUCCCGUAUAAAACAAAAGAUAUUUCAGGUUGUCAAAGGAAGAAUAUUCGGGGAAAUAGAAAUUUAGUUGAAAGAGAUUCCAGUGAAUUUUUCAACACACAUAGUAUAAAUUCACCGGGAUCGUCAUUGCCUGUUCCAAGCGAUUCCAGUCAUUCGAAUUCCUUGGAACAACAAUCAACUGUAAUAAGUGAUGAAAAUCCUAAAAUAAUCAAUGUAUCCGUACAAGCUAACAUAGCUUCAGUUAUUUACACGACACCAGUAAAAUUACCUUCAUCAAAAUUUCUAACGAUUUCACCAGAAUUAUUUCAUACUCUACUAGAAUUAGACUAUUGUGCCGCACGAUUUGAAUUUGAUUUUGUACGAUGUGUUUCACGUCGGAUUAGAACAUUACAAGAGGCUGAUGAUGUUCAGAUAGUCACUGUAUUAUUCUCUGAAACUUUAAUGUGGGGAUUAACUGUUAAACUUUUAUCCAUACAACAGUUAACGGAUCGAGAUCCAUGUGUUUUACUUGCUUUACCUCGAUUAAGUAUAUUAGUCGGUUGUCGUCUACUACCGGAUUCUCCUAUUGGUGCUAAUCGUCUAGCAGUUGGUCAUCGUUUACCAUUCAUGUUCAGUUCGUCUCGUUCUGAAUUAGCCUAUUUAUGCAGACAGUUGUUUGCUCUUCGACCAGAUCAACUAUGUCGAUUAACGCGAUGGCUUGGACCAAACGGAUUACCGAAUUUGGUUUACAAUCAAAAACUAUCAUCUAGAUUAUCAGAUUCUGAACAGCAAACAAAUUCAAAUUGUUCUUUACAGGAAGUACCUAAUGAAAUUAAAAUAACUACUACUACUACUCGUGCAGCUCGACUGUCUUUGUCAUCUCUUUUAACACCUAGUUCAGUUCCUAAUAACUUAAGUACUUCAUACCAGAAAAGUCAUAUAUGGAAAACUUGCCUUCCUGGUUUACAUCGAUUAUAUAAAUCCAUUUCGUCUGUGGCUGAUAGAUUCGCUAGAGAAUAUCCUACAGAGUUACGGUUUAUUUUACAGAAAGUAAUUGAAAUGCAUGACACUUAUGAUGAGAUCGAUAUUGUUGAAUCUUCUGACUCGUCUUCUGUGGAUAAUAGUAAUAAUAACUUGCAAAACGACAAUCCAAUUCUUUCUGAUAAUAUUGUUGAUAAGAGUAUAGAAGAAAUUAAAAAUAGACAAUUGAUUGAUGAAGAUAGUGAAUUAGAAGAAGAAUUAGAAUUGAAUUUAUUCAAUCUAAUGGCAAGUGAAAGAAAACUUCGUGAUUUAGCUAAUUUAUUCAAUUGGGAUGAAGUAAUGCAAUAUCAUCAUCGUAACAAAUUAUCAUCGUCAUCAUCAUCAUCAAAUCAAUUUAAUGUACAUAAAUUAUUUAAAGAGUCUAAUUUAUAUUUACGAAAUUGUACUACUAAUUCUGUUGUGAAUAAUAGUAGUAAAUUUCCUUAUUCAAUCGAUUCAGAAACCAGUAAUUGUUUAAUAAAAUCAUCAGAACCAAUUUAUAAACACACUGGAUUAAUAUCAGCCGAUAUUUUGAUUGAUGAAAAAACGAAUACUACUCCAAGUAUUGGGCAAACUGUUGAUGAGAUUGGCUUGGAUAUUGCAGCCUGUUUAGAUGAUAACGAUGUGGACAAGUUGAUAAUAUCGACAAAUUCAAAGUCCAUUUCACCUGUGAAUAGUAACCAUAACCAACGCAGUACAUUUUCACAAAGGCUUCAAUCAUUAAAUUUAAGUAUUUCCUUUGAAGGAACACAAAAUCCCACUGAUCACAUAUUCAAUUAUCUACCAGCAUGGCAACCUGACUCACCAUCUUAUGAAAAUCAUAUUGAUCGAUUGAAAAUUGAUAAUCAUAAUGAGGAUGAUGAUAAUGACGAUGAUUCAAUUAACUUUGAUGAUUCACAAUGUUCAUAUAUUGUUGGACGUAAUUGUGCUUCAUGUAAUCGUUUAUUCACAUUAAUUUGGCGACGUCAUCAUUGUCGUCGUUGUGGUCAUAUAUUCUGUUCAAAAUGUUGUAAUUAUUGGCAAUCUAUUGAAGGAUUAGCUAGUAGUAAACCUGUUCGUAUAUGUUCUGAUUGUCAUGAUUUUUUAAGUCCACAGAUUAUUCAAUAAAUAAUAAUAUUAUCAUUGUUAUUCAAUUAAAUCUCAGAUCUUUUACUGUUUAUGUCUUUCUAGAUAAGUUUGUUCAUAACUAUUCUUAUAAUUAUUUUCUUUUUAUUCAUAUUCACACUCACACAUAUAUACAAAGUAUCUUCUUAUUAGUGGGUUGUUUAAUAUUCAUUUUGAAAUACAAUAAGCAUCGUUAUAAUACUUGUAUUUAUCCUAUUUUGAUUUGAAUAAAAAGUAAAUCCAAUUUUUAUAGCAGCUAUAUACAUUACUCAAUCCACGGAAAAUAGUGGAAAAGUUAAAUUUACAUCGUCAUUACUACCAUUAUUAUUAUCAUCAUCAUUUUUAUGACUUAUUCAUUCAUUAGUUAUUUAUAUUUAACUUUAUUUUCAUAAUAUUUUCACAUUUGUUUAGUGCAAGUAACUAUCUUACAAAAUUGGUCUGUAUUCACUUGUCGUGAAUGAUAUUAUGUACAUAAAAAUAUAUAUAUUUGACUUUGAUAG